ACCCAUGAGGGGGUUCAUAGACUUCUGCAAAAGCAACCAAAUGGAAUACAGUCUGUUAUCUAUUCUCUCCACUACUCUCAUUCCUUCCUUCACUAUUCACCCACUAUAAAUAGCCACUUCUCCAAACACUACCUUACCAAGUCUCUCUCUCUCCCCCUAAGUCUUCAAGCCAUGACCAGGACAACACUACCACUCCCUCUACUAGUCCUCUCCCUCCUUCUCUCCCUCUACCCUUCUCAAGGUUCCACCCUCACCUGUGGCUCCUCCAACCAUGGCUCCUCCUCCACCCUUGAAGUCAUGCACGUCUACAGCCCAUGCUCACCUUUCCGGCCCAAACAAGCCCUUUCCUGGGAACAAUCCAUCCUUGACUUAGCUGCAAAAGAUGAAGCCCGGCUUCUCUAUCUAUCCAACCUUGUCGCUCGGAAAUCCGUCGUUCCGGUCGCAUCCGGCCGGCAAAUUAUCCAGAGCCCAACCUACAUUGUCCGGGCCAGGUUUGGCACUCCGGCCCAGCCCAUGUUUGUGGCCAUGGACACCAGCAGUGAUGUCGCUUGGAUCCCCUGCACCGGCUGUGUAGGAUGCUCUUCCACCGUCUUCAACACCGCCAGGUCAACAACUUAUAAACCAACCGGGUGCUCCGCCCCGCAAUGCUCCCAAGUCCCAAACCCCACUUGUGGCGGCGCCGCCUGCUUCUUUAACCUCACCUACGGCUCCUCCACAAUCGCCGCCACCGUCUCGCAGGACAGACUUGUCCUCGCCACCGAUCCCAUCCCCAACUACUCCUUCGGCUGCAUUAAAGCAGCUACCGGAAACUCCAUUCCCCCUCAGGGCUUACUCGGACUCGGUCGAGGCCCCAUGUCGUUACUCUCCCAAACCAAAUCCCUCUACCAAUCCACCUUCUCCUACUGCUUACCCGACUUCCGGUCCGCCAAUUUCUCCGGUCAACUUCGGCUCGGACCAGUAGCUCAACCAAUUCGAAUCAAAUUCACCCCACUCCUCACCAACCCAAGAAGAUCCUCCCUCUACUACGUCAACAUGAUCGGAAUCAGCGUCGGUCGCCGGCUAGUCAACAUCCCGCCGAGCGCACUAGCCUUCAACCCGACAACCGGUGCCGGAACCAUUUUCGACUCGGGCACGGUCUUCACUCGGUUAGUCCAACCGGCUUACAUUGCCGUGAGAGACGAGUUCCGGCGACGGAUCAAGGCCGGACCGGUGUCGUCGUUGGGUGGGUUCGAUACAUGUUAUAUGCAGCCGGUGGUGUCGCCGACGAUAACUUUGCACUUUACCGGGAUGAACGUGACGUUGCCUCAGAAUAACUUUUUGAUACAUAGUACGGCGGGGAGUAUAACUUGCUUGGCUAUGGCGGCUACGCCGGAUAAUGUGAAUUCGGUGCUGAAUGUGAUAGCGAAUAUGCAGCAGCAGAAUCAUAGAGUGCUUUAUGAUGUACCCAAUUCGAGGUUGGGUGUAGCACGUGAACUCUGUACCCAUUGAAACUAGAGAGAGAGAGAGUGUGUGUGUGUGUGUGUGUGUGAAGCUUGUGAGCAUUGUUUGUUUUUUUCUGGUUUUAUUAUUAUGGGGUAUGGCCUUAAUUAGGGGUGGAAAGGAUGAAGAAGAUUAAAGAAUGGAGUGGAAGAUUGCUUGAGAUUGACAUAGAGGCAUUAAAUUAUAGUACUACACUUCUUUGUCAUAAAAUGGAAUUGGGUAUAUUCUCUAU